GUUUUACCACAAAACGUCUUCACGAGAUGAAAUCAAUUUGUUUUCUGGCACUUUUCGCUGCUUUGGCUACGGCCAGCACAGAUCUUGGUUUAGAACCAGGUCACAUACUUCAAAGGAGUGUAGGGAUCAGUCCAGCAGCAACUCCAGAGGAGAUCUGCAAUGGUGGCUUUACUCCAAGAUGCGGAGACUGUGCUACGAUGUUGACUUGUUUAGGCCCAACGACUCCUCCUCGACCAUCAAGUUGCCCACCAGACAAGCCAUAUUGUGACCCUAACAGAAAUAUGUGCUCAGCAGUUCCCCCAACUGUACCCUGCGAUGAUGGUCUUGUAGGUGGUAGUUUUACAUGCACUCAGCCCAAUGGAAUCUUUCCACAUCCAACCAAUUGCAGUCAAUACUACGACUGUGCUAAUGGCAAUGCUUUCCUUGGAGAGUGCAAUGCCAAGCAAGUUUGGUCCGGAAUUGGAAUGAUGUGUAAACCCAAAAAAUUAUCCACAGACUGCGGAACAUUCAACUGCAACAGGUAUCCUGGACAACUGAGAGCCUAUUCCAUCAACAAUGCUUACUACGCGUGGUGUGGUGAAAUUCUCAAUGGAGAACAGGAAAUAAUUGUUCUGAAAUGUGAACGUCCGAAUGAGUAUUUCACGGGACAGAUGUGCGAAUUCCAGUGCAAGGAUGUUAAACUCUACGCAGAUCCUCUAGACGCAGCCUGGUAUUACGACUGCUAUAGGAGCGGAACUACAUUCGUGUACGAACAUAGACAAUGCACUCUCAACAGACUAUUCGAUGAACCGAGUCAGUCUUGCAUAUAAAAGUCUAAUUCAUUUUCAAGAGAAAGUGAAAAUAUUCUUGUGUAAUUUGAGAAAGUCUUACUGUUAUCUUAAUGAAAAUAUAGCAACAUUUGCAAUAAU